ACAGUGCUUAAUACAUUAUUGAAACUACAAACAUCUACAGAAGUUUAAUGUGGACAGAGUUCAUAUUUUGAAAGCCUGCAAUGUUUUAUCAUUAAACAUGCAAUGUGGAAUCUUUGAAGCAUAGAGUUCUGCCCUGAAUGAAGAAUCUCUCACCUGGGAUGUAAGCAAACUUCUCAUCUCCACCAUGACGAACCAGGAAAAAUGGGCCCACCUCAGCCCCUCUGAAUUUUCCCAACUUCAGAAAUAUGCUGAGUAUUCAACAAAGAAGUUGAAAGAUGUUCUGGAAGAAUUCCAUGGUAAUGGGGUGCUUGCGAAGUACAAUCCUGAAGGGACGAUAGAUUUUGAAGGUUUCAAGCUAUUUAUGAAGACAUUCCUGGAAGCAGAGCUUCCUGACGAUUUCACAGCACACUUGUUCAUGUCAUUUAGCAACAAGUUCCCCCAUUCCAGCCCAAUGGUAAAAAGUAAGCCGGCUCUCCUUUCAGGGGGUCUGAGAAUGAAUAAAGGAGCCAUCACCCCUCCCCGAAGUUCCCCAGCAAAUACAUGUUCCCCAGAAGUUAUCCACCUGAAGGACAUUGUCUGCUACCUGUCUCUCCUGGAAAGAGGAAGGCCGGAAGAUAAGCUGGAGUUUAUGUUUCGUCUUUAUGACUCCGAUGGGAACGGCUUCCUGGACAGCUCGGAGCUAGAAAAUAUCAUUGGUCAGAUGAUGCAUGUGGCAGAGUACCUGGAAUGGGAUGUGACAGAACUUAAUCCAAUCCUCCAUGAAAUGAUGGAAGAAAUCGACUACGACCACGAUGGCACAGUGUCUCUGGAGGAGUGGAUUCAGGGGGGGAUGACGACCAUCCCACUUCUUGUGCUCCUUGGCCUGGAAAAUAAUGUGAAGGAUGACGGACAGCACGUGUGGCGACUCAAGCAUUUUAACAAACCUGCCUACUGCAACCUUUGCCUGAACAUGCUGAUCGGCGUGGGCAAGCAGGGCCUCUGCUGCUCCUUCUGUAAAUACACAGUCCACGAACGCUGUGUGGCUAGAGCCCCUUCUUCUUGCAUCAAGACCUAUGUGAAGUCCAAAAAGAACACAGAUGUCAUGCACCAUUACUGGGUUGAAGGCAACUGCCCGACCAAGUGUGAUAAGUGCCACAAAACAGUGAAAUGUUACCAGGGGCUGACAGGACUACACUGUGUGUGGUGUCAGAUCACACUGCAUAACAAAUGUGCUUCUCAUCUGAAACCUGAAUGUGACUGUGGGCCUUUGAAGGACCAUAUUUUACCACCCACAACAAUCUGUCCAGUGGUACUGGAAAGACAAUCAACAGUGAAAAAGGAAAAGGGUAGCUCUCAGCAGCCAAACAAAGUGACUGAUAAGAACAAAAUGCAGAGAGCCAACUCUGUCACAGUGGAUGGACAAGGCCUUCAGAUCACUCCUAUUCCUGGUACUCACCCACUUUUAGUCUUUGUGAACCCCAAAAGUGGUGGAAAGCAAGGAGAACGUAUUUACAGAAAAUUCCAGUAUCUACUAAAUCCUCGUCAGGUCUACAGUCUUUCUGGAAAUGGACCAAUGCCAGGGUUAAACUUUUUCCGAGAUGUUCCUGACUUCAGAGUGCUAGCAUGUGGUGGCGAUGGAACUGUGGGCUGGAUUUUGGAUUGCAUAGAAAAGGCCAAUGUAGUCAAGCAUCCUCCAGUUGCUAUUCUGCCUCUGGGGACAGGCAAUGACCUAGCAAGAUGCCUGCGAUGGGGAGGAGGUUAUGAAGGAGAGAAUCUCAUGAAGAUCCUGAGAGACAUUGAAAUUAGCACAGAAAUUAUGCUGGACAGGUGGAAGUUUGAAGUAAUUCCUAAUGACAAAGAUGAGAAGGGAGACCCAGUGCCUUACAGUAUCAUCAACAAUUACUUUUCCAUUGGAGUGGAUGCCUCUAUUGCACAUAGAUUCCACAUCAUGAGAGAAAAACACCCAGAAAAGUUCAAUAGUAGAAUGAAGAACAAGUUUUGGUACUUUGAAUUUGGCACAUCUGAAACAUUCUCAGCAACCUGCAAGAAGCUACAUGAAUCAGUAGAAAUAGAAUGUGACGGAGUCCAGAUAGAUUUAAUAAACAUCUCUCUGGAAGGAAUAGCUAUUUUGAAUAUACCGAGCAUGCAUGGAGGCUCCAAUCUUUGGGGAGAGUCAAAGAAAAGAAGAAGCCAUCGGAGAAUAGAAAAGAAAGGGUCUGACAAAAGGCCCACCCUCACAGAUGCCAAAGAGUUAAAGUUUGCAAGUCAAGACUUGAGUGACCAGCUUCUGGAAGUGGUUGGUUUGGAAGGAGCCAUGGAGAUGGGUCAAAUCUACACAGGACUGAAAAGUGCUGGCCGGAGGCUGGCUCAGUGUUCUUCUGUAGUCAUCAGGACGAGCAAGUCCCUGCCCAUGCAGAUUGAUGGUGAGCCAUGGAUGCAGACACCAUGCACGAUAAAAAUAACACACAAGAACCAAGCUCCAAUGUUAAUGGGCCCUCCUCCAAAAACCGGGUUAUUCUGCUCCCUGGUUAAAAGAACAAGAAACCGAAGCAAAGAAUGAUUCUCUAGCACUCCAUUUGUAGGAAACCAAUGAGUACAAUUGGGUCCAUGGAACAUUUAUGCUGGGAUUCUUUAAACCAUUUUGUGUCUCCUGCUCAUGCAAAAUCUUGGAAUUGGUUUAACCAUUUUGUUACUGAGCUAAUAUGAAAUCCAGCUCUUAAAAAUUUUAUUGUCUCUACUUUUAUAGGCAUCAUUGCAUGAAGUCAGCAGAAGUGCACAUGAAGUGAUACUGCAUAUUUUGGUUGCAUGCAUUCCCAUAGAUUUUUAUGUCUCCCACCCAUCUUACUACAUCUUCACUUCCCAACCUGUGAAACAUAAAAAGGAAAUACCGUAGGAAUCAUGUUUCUCAAUGUGGCUCCAAUCAUUAAUAAGUACUUAUCAAUAAUCCUACAAUGAUCACAUGUGCCAAUUGCUAGACUUCUUUUUAGAAUCAGAGUAUCAAUGACCAUUGACCUAUGACUUAAAACUUUAAAGAUUUUCUUUUAUUAAUUAGUUGACUGUAAUACCUUACUAUA